AUGGAAACACCAGGUUCUUAUGGUUCAGUCACCGUUCCGCCGAGUCUCAAUCAUUUUGCGAUAUAUAAUCCCACCUUUGGGCCAACAGAAGAAACACAAAAAGAUCAACUAUUAUAUUAUGUAGCAAAAAAAACGGUUCCAAUCGACGUCCAAAUGCGUCAAAUUGGCCUGGCUCAGGGCUUAAUUAACUUUACAAGGUUAGCUUUGCUUGAGGUUAUAUUUUUAAGCUAUAUUUUUACACAUUGGCAGUAUAAUGCAAUGCCGGAAAUGUUUUUUGGUAAAAAGUGUUUGUAUGAAAACAAUUUGAUGCUGAGGAGGUUUAACGAUCCGGCAUGUGAGAAUGUUCACACACAAAAAAAUCGAAUGGUAUUUCAUGAACCUGAAAAGGAUUAUUGGAUAUAUGUUUCAAUCGAAUUAGGUUACAUAAAAAAAUUAACAAAGGAUAAAGAUGGAAAACCGAAAACUGUUAUUGAAUAUCUUGAUUCGAAUUUACAUGAUUCAGGAAUAAAAAGAAUGCUUGACAUGGGAUAUGAAAUGUAUAGAGUAUUCAACGGUACUUUCGAAUCGACAAUGAAAACCUUUGGAGUAAUGACUUUAAAAACCAAAUUAGAAGAAUUUUUCUCCAAUUGGGUUUUUGAAUGGGAUUUUGAUAAAACCGAACUUACAAAGACAAUUGAUGCCAUUUCGAAGGUUUCAUCAUUUGUUGAACAAAGUCAGGCAGAAUAUAAUUUUAUAUCGGAGAUACUUGUAUUAUGGCAAAAUAAAUUGGUAUAUAAUGGAGAUGGAAAUAGAAAUAUAUCAGAAAAUGAUCUAAAGAGCAUAUUACGACAUCUAGUUCCUUUGAUAUCAGAGAGAGAUGCGCUUGAAAGAGAAUUACUUGAGAAAAAGAAGGCCAAAGAAACUGAGAAAUUAUCUUCACUCAAAGGGUUUACCCGAAGUUUCUCCGGAAGUAAUCUCUUUUCGUACUUUUCAUCAUCCAUCUCUCCAAGCACGUCACCGCCUAACAACACGUAUGCUUCUAGUAAUUCAUCAACUCAACAUGAUACAUCACAUUCUUCGUCGAAUUUGACGCCAUCUACAAAUUUCUUGUUGGGACCAUCACAUUUGAAUGUAGCUGAUAGCGACAUAAAACCUUUGAAAGUAUAUUUGACCAAAAAGGUAACUGAUGCUCUUAAAGGAGAUGCCACUGAAGCCAAUGCUGAAUACGAAGUUAGUACUGAAGAGUACUUUCUCAUUGCAUACAAGCAAAAUGAUCUUACACUCGUUUUCCUGAUAUCGAAUUCCUUGCCAGAGGUCUCUACAAAAGUUUCUAAUGUGACUCUUUACAAGUCUAUACACGAUUACUUGUCAUUACAUUCAGAUGGCAUUAUCAAAACCAUGAAUGAGGAUUAUGAACAUUCCAGAACACUUGGAUCUGAUACAGAUAAAGAGUAUCGUUAUGUGUUUUUUAACAAACUCAAUUUGGCCAUUAAAUCAUCAUUGUAUCCAUUUACUGCCUCUAAUGGAAUGUCAUCGUCAAAAGGAUUAACCAUCACUAGCGAAAUGGCACAUGCAUUAUGCGAUCUACAUGAAGAUCUAGAAAAGUAUCCGCAUUUGACAGAAAUUUAUACACGAUCAACAACAAAUUUUUGGAUUGUGGGCAAGAGAUCAGAUGGUCGAGUGCUAUAUGUCGUCGUACCUAAAAAAGAAGUUUCUUUAAUGGAGGUUGAAGAUGAUGUGAGGAAAUUAAGUAACCUUUAUUUUUCUGGAUCGUAUGUUAACAAUUAA